CUCGCUAGGUUUCCUCUGGAGAGGGUGUGGAUGAACUUGUAACCUGGCGGCGGCUCUUACUUCCUGAUCCCCUUCCUCUCUAGGCACUCUGUAUCCCCAAAUUCCUGUAAUCCGAACCAAUAUUCUACCUUGCUACCAGUUAAAUCGAUCGGGAGCGUAACAAGUGGUAUUCAGAGCCAUCUCCCCAUCCCGUUUCCGAAAUCCCUAGCCACAAUCUGGCGGGCCGGUUCCCUUCCAUUAUCCAGACCAGGAAGGGCAAGGCGGAGACCAUGGAAGAGCACACCAAGGCCUUGGCCGAGCUGACGGCAGCCAUCUCGACGCUCACGAGCAAGAUCGACGAGAUCCAUCCGGUGGUUCUGGAGCUACAAGGGUGGAAGCCGACAAUCGAGCGGUCUGUGGAGGACUUGCGGGCGGAAGUGGGUGAUUUGCGCUCGCAUCUAGUGCAAGUGGCGCCGGAGGAGGCUCACGUGGCUCCAGGGGCGGACAAGGCGAAGGAGGUGGUGCGGCCGACCCGGCUGUCUGACCUGCCUCCUCUGCUUCCUGCGGCGGCCAACGCGUCGCGCACCACCAUUGCCGAGUCAUCUUGGGCUCGCGGUGACCACGGUCACGGGCAUCCAGGCCACGGCAUCAACAUCACUAACCGGGGGACGUCUCCGGGUGAUCAUACCCAGGGGCCACCUCCGGUCACUGGUAUGUGAACUGGAAAUUCCAACCGACCCUGUUGUCGAGAGGUCAAAUUUUGUUGAAGAAGAAAACAAUUACUUGAAGGAAAAAUUGAAAAAAAUUGAGAAGGAGAAGAUGAUAUUGGAGCUGCAUGUUGCGGAUGUCGUCGAUGAUCACAAGAUCAAGAUGGAUGCAAUGCGCUUGAAGAUUAGAAAGAUUAAGAAAAUAUGCCGUUCAUACCGAGGCUUGGUAUCAUUAUGUUGU